CACAACAUGUCUCUCUCUCUGUGCGCAUCUUUGUCCCUCCCUCACUGUGUCAGUACUCUCUCUCUUAAAAAAAAAAAACUCUCUUCAGUGGAGAUACAAUGGGGUGUGCGCAAUCUAAGGUCGAUAACGAAGAAGCGGUGGCCAGAUGCAAAGAGCGGCGAAACGUAAUCAAGGAAGCGGUUACGGCGAGCAAGGCUUUCGCCGCCGGCCAUUUCGCAUACGCCAUUGCGCUAAAGAACACUGGAGCCGCUCUCAGCGACUACGGCCACGGCGAAUCCGACCAAACCUUGGAUCUCUUGGAACAGAGCCGUCUCGAGAAACAGAGUGAACGCGCCGCGGUGGUGGAUCCCGCUCCUCCUCCGCCUCCGCCUAUCGAGAGUCUCCCUCCUCCGCCUCCGCCUCUCCCGAAGUUCUCUCCUUCUCCGAUCAAACGGGCCGUGAGCUUGCCGGCGGGUAUGGCGGGUAGAGGAAGGAAGGUUAAGGGUGGUGUUGAUGAUAUGGCGAUUGAGGAGGAAGAUGAAGAUGAAGAUGAAGAUGAGGAGGUGGGGGUGAAGGACGGUGGUAAGGUGGAGGAGGAGGAGGAGGAAGAGUCUUCGCCGAGAACGCCGGAGAAUGUUGGGAAGGGUAGAAAGAGACAAGAGACGCCGGAGGUUGUGAGUGCGUCGCCGGCGAGUAGCUUGGCUUGGGACUACUUUUUCAUGGUGGAGAAUGUGCCUGGGGCUGACUUAGAAGAUAGGGAAGUGGUGGGAAACGGGUUUGAGUCUCAGAAGAAUCAUAACUUUCGGUUCAAUGAAGAGAUUGAAGAAGAAGAAGAAGAAGAGGAAAAAGCUGGCAUGUUCCGUAAGAACUCAGGUCACAUUGGUGUUGAGGAAAUGGAGCCAAAGACACCGGAGAAAGUUGAAGAAGAAGAAGAGGAGGAGGAGAAAGGUAGAGGUAAGAAUAAGAUUGAGCAUGCCAACACUGCUCCACCGGAGUUCCGGCGUGCGACCACCGCGUCAAACGUGAAUCUGAUGAAGAUUCUGGACGAGAUUGAUGAUCGGUUCUUGAAAGCGUCAGAGUGCGCACAGGAGGUUUCCAAGAUGCUGGAAGCAACAAGGUUACAUUAUCACUCCAAUUUUGCUGAUAACAGAGGAUAUGUUGAUCAUUCCGCCAGGGUAAUGCGAGUUAUAACUUGGAACAAAUCACUAAGAGGCAUUUCAAACGGCGAAGGUGGGAAAGAGGAUCAAGAAUCAGAUGAGCAUGAGACUCACGCCACAGUGUUGGACAAAUUGUUAGCAUGGGAGAAGAAACUCUAUGUUGAAGUCAAGCAAGGUGAGCUUAUGAAGAUAGAGUAUCAGAAGAAGGUAGCAUUACUCAACAGGUAUAAAAAAAGAGGUGCGAGUGCAGAAACCGUGGAGAAAACAAAGGCUGCCGUGAGCCAUCUCCACACUAGAUACAUCGUUGACAUGCAAUCCAUGGAUUCAACUGUCUCUGAAGUAAACCGUUUAAGAGAUGAACAGUUGUAUCCAAGGCUUGUCUCCUUAGUCGAAGGGAUGGCGAAGAUGUGGUCAAACAUGUGCAUACAACACGACACACAACUAAUCAUUGUCGGAGAGCUAAAAUCUCUCGAGAUCUCGACUUGUCAGAAAGAAACAACAAAGCAGCAUCACCAGCAGACACGGCAGUUCUGCGCCGUCUUGGAAGAAUGGCACGUUCAGUUCGAAAGGCUCGUGACGCAUCAGAAGCAGUACAUUAACUCUCUAAACACCUGGCUGAAGCUAAACCUUAUCUCCAUAGAGAGCAGUCUCAAAGAGAGAGUUUCCUCUCCCCCAAGGCCUCAGCAUCCGCCAAUCCAAGCCCUUCUCCACUCGUGGCACGACCGUCUCGAGAAACUACCCGACGAGGUGGCCAAAUCGGCCAUCUCGUCGUUCGCAGCGGUUAUCAGAACGAUCCUGCUUCAUCAGGAGGAGGAGAUGAAGCUGAAGGAGAGAUGCGAAGAGACGAGGAGGGAGUUUAUUAGGAAGAAGCAAGGGUUUGAGGAAUGGUAUCAGAAACAUUUGGAGAAGAGAGGACCAGUGGAGGAGGAAGGUGGGGAAGAUGAUCAUGUGACUGAGAGGAGAAUUGUUGUGGAGAGUUUGAAGAAAAGGCUUGAAGAUGAAGAAGAAGCUCACCAGAGGCAUUGUGUUCAGGUGAGGGAGAAAUCUCUGCAUAGUUUGAAGAUCAGAUUGCCUGAGAUCUUCAGGGCAUUGUCUGAUUAUGCUCACGCUUGUGCUGACUCUUACGAGAAGCUCAGAAUCAUAUCUCAGGCUCAGAAAGCCACUUCAUCUUCCUGAACCAGUUUUAGUUCUUUUUAGACCCAAGAAAAGAUGAAAACAUGUUUGAAUAGUUUUGUAGUAGUUGUAACUUAUUAGUGCUGUCUUGCAGAAACGUUG